GCUGCAGCAUCGUGUCAAAGGCUGGACUUCCUGGUUAAGUACAUAAGAUGCAUUAAUGAUGACAAAGAUGAGCUAUCCAAGGUGAAAGGUCUUGUAAGUCAGACUGGAUAAGGUAGCUUAUGAUGUUUCAAGAUCACACUUGUCUCAAGUAUAACUUAUUACCUAUUUCUGUUUUCCCAGGCACAGACCAGGUAUUUUUUGAAUUUAAAUUGUAUUAUUGUUUUUCCUUCAGGUUGCAUGUGGCUUUGAAAUUAACUCUUGUUUCUCUUUUGCAGAGAUCCUACACUUUGCUUGUUGAGGCUUGGGAUUACAAUGAUAACUCUACUAAUCCUGAUCGCAUAAUUGAGAAGGCGUCCCACUCUGGCAUGAUCAAUCCAAGCCGUCAGUGGCAGACACUGAAACAUAACACAGGAGCUGCCCACUUUGAGUAUCAAAUCCGUGUGACUUGCGCAGAACAUUACUAUGGCUUUGGAUGCAACAAAUUUUGUCGACCAAGAGAUGACUUCUUCACUCACCAUACCUGUGACCAGAAUGGCAACAAAACCUGCUUGGAAGGCUGGAUGGGACCAGAGUGCAACAAAGCUAUUUGUCGUCAGGGAUGUAGCCCCAAGCAUGGUUCUUGCACAAUUCCGGGAGAGUGCAGGUAAAUGCUCCCCUCUCUCUCUCUUUGUCCCCACCAAGCAAUUAAAUGAGUGAUGCUGAACACAGUAGGAUUGUGGAGGGAGGGUAUUUUUGGAGCCAUAUUUUUGAGCGAGGCAUAUUAUUCAUGCAGACUUGCCCAGAACAAGGAGGGGAGCAGGCUUUUAAUGCACUGAUAAUUUGAAGCUUUCGUUUUGUGAAAUGGUGGCAUUUUGAGGGCUGGGGGAGAAGUGGGAUAAAUCAUGUGAAUACUGCCUAAUGAGCACUGACUAAUUGCUUCUGCUAAAUAGUGCAAAUGCCUUAUGGGCUGGGUUUUUGUUUCUUUUUUUUUGGUUGGUUUUUUCCCCUCCAAUAUCCUGAUUAAUAGGCUGUUUCAACUACAAGCUUGAAGUACAGUGUGGCUUUUCUCUCAUUUCCCCCUCUUUCACUCACAUUUUUUCCCCCCUUUCUCCCUCCCACCCCUGCUUUCUUCCAUCAGUAGGCAAAAGUCAAGCAUUCUUUAGAAUAGGAUUAGUUAAAUCUUUCGGUUCCUUUACCA